UCCUUUCAUCUCACCCUCCCUCCACUUAUAUUCAAACAGUUCCCCCUAAAAUUCAAAAUUUUACCAAACACCCAAUGUUCAAUUCUUCACCAAUUUCUCAAUCUCAGAGAUGGAUUUUGAAAAUAUGAAAAGGAAAGAGUUACAAGCACUAUGCAAGGAACAUGGAAUUCCUGCCAAUUUAACCAACGCAGAAAUGGUCAACAAGCUUUCUUCACUUCUUAAGGUAAAUGAGGAAAAGCCCUUAACUCGAGGGCGCUCGUGUUUAAAGACAAUGGAUGAUAAUGUGAAUGAUAGAGAGUCUGAUGUUGUUAAUAGGAAGGUUAAGAAAGUGAAGUUUAGUCCUGAUAACGAAGUUAUUGAGUUUACGCGGUCUGCGGGAGUGAAAAGGAGGGGGAGGGGGAAGUCGAUGUUGUAUAAGAAUGACUUGAAUGUAGGGAUUUUGGAUAGUCCGGUUAGGGUUACUAGGUCGGGGAGAGUGAAUGUGGAAGAUGGGGUUACGGAGAAGAAGGGAGGGAAAAGGCACGUGAAAGAUAGCGUAGUUUCAGUGAAUGAGAGUAAGGAUGAAGUUGGAGUGACUAUGAGAACUUUGAGGAGCAAAGAAGUAGUUAUUGUUCAGGAAAAUAGCGGCGAAAAUGAGGGUGGGAAUGAUGGUUUAAAGAUGAGUAGAAGAGUGAGAAGUCGGAAAAGUGGUAAAGAGAGUGUGUCGGAUUCACAACAGGAAUCGGUUAUUGUUAGUGGUGGUCAAAUGAAUGAGUGCACAAAAUCUGAAACAGAAGUCAAGGAGACGAAAAGAGUAACGAGAAGGAAAUCAAUGACCCAUAAACAGACCUUGCUUGUGCAAAAUGAGGUUGAUGUUGGAGUAAGAGAGAAGGUUGUGGAGAAGCCAGCUCGGGUAACAAGGUCUCGGAGCGUGAAUCCAGUUGAGGAUACUAUGAGUAACAAAAGGAACCGGAGUAGGGGUAAGAAGGCUAUUGAGACUAGUGAGGAACUGCUUUAUACUGAAUCUUCAGUUGAAGCUGUCAAAGAUGAAGUCAGAGUGAAUACAAGAAGGUCUCAGCAGAAUAGUGUGGUGGAGGCACCCCAAAAGGCUUUGGACAGGACCGUAAUGGUAGCUAAUAAAGCAAAGGGAGGGCUUUUGACUGAUGAUGUUCAAGAAAAGAUGGCUACUAGGGGUAGGACUAGAAAUCAGUCUAACUUGUCUGUAGAAGUUUCAGCAUCGGAAAGUGGAGCCAAAAUUGUUGAAUCUAAGAGGAAACUUGAAGAACCAGUAGAAAUUCCUCUUAGAAGAAGUGAUAGGCGUAAAUCUGUUUGUCCUUCGGAAAAUUUGAUAGGUGAUGAAGUUGCGGCCAAGAAGGAGAAACAAAAUUUCCUGAAGUCUAAUGAUGAUGACCAAGGGAAUAAAGGUGCAGAAGAAGAAACCCAGAAGGCAUUGAAGCGUUCAAAAAGGUUUGCUACUCAAGUGGAAGAUUCAGUAUUGACAAAAGAUGAUAUUGCUGAAAAUGAAGUGGUUCUUCAAACGGUAGCAGUUCCUGUCAGAAGUAAUAGGCGGAAAUCUGUUGUUCCUUCUUUGGAGAAAGUAAGAAGUGAUGAAGUUGUGGUCGUAAAGGAGAAAAGAAACUUAAAGGCUGCUGAUGCCGGGAUUAGGAGUGAAGGUACAAAAGAAGAACCCCCAAAAGCAUCGAAGAGGCCAAAAAGGCUUGCUAAACAAAUAGAAGAUCCCGCUCUUGCUAAAGGUGAUAUUGCUGAAAAUAAAUUAGGGGAAAGGAGAUGCUCUAGAAGGAAUGCUGCUAAAGCAAAUGUUGACACCAAGAUAUUGGACAGAUCGGUGCAAGAAGAGACUUUUGUGGUAAAAGAAGAGAAGAGAUGUUCUGGAAGGAAUGCUGCUAAAGCAAAUAUAGACACCAAGAUAUCGGACAGAUCAGUGCAAGAAGAAACUUCUGUGGUAAAAGAAGAGAGGAGAAGUUCUGGAAGGAGUGUUGAAGAAGAGAGGAGAAGUUCUGGAAGGAGUGUUGAAGAAGAGAGGAGAAGUUCUGGAAGGAGUGUUGUUAGACAGGCUCUUGCAGCAGUUUCAGAUGAUAAGAAGGAAAAAGGUGAGAAUAAGCUGACAAGGAGAACCUGCACUGCUAUUCAAGAAGAAGAUUCUACCAACAAGUUCGCCCUGCAAGUUUUAGAAUCUCUGAAACAGUCCCUGGGUGGUUCAAAAUCCAGUGUCAAGGCAUCAGUUGUUAAAAAGACAAGUACUGCAGGGAAGAAGCAGCAAGUUCGACCAAAAAGAUCAAAUGUGGAAGUAGGAGUUCUCUUGCCCGAGGACAUGGAAAUGGUCAGAGAACCAGACAAUAAAGAUUGUCACAUCUCAGGAUCAGCAGGUGCAAUGAGCUUCUCAAGAUCAUCUCUGAAUGAUCAAGAACCUGUCCCAGAUGGUGUUGACAUAGUUCUUGCUGGAACCAAGGAUGACACAGAUGCUGACUCGAGCACCCUGGCUGACAAAUUGAAUGAAGAAGAGCCACUUGUAGAUGUUUCUUUGCUAUCUGAAAAUAACUCCGCAGCAAAAUCUCCUCCAUUCAAGUCUGAUGUUGAGGAACUUUUGAUGUCUGACCACAAGGAUCCUGCAAGCAAAGCCCUAUGUCCUAGUUCUGUUUUGGCUGAUGAUGCACUUCCAAAUGACAUAACUUCCGACGAACAGGAGCCUGGUGCAAUUGAAGCAGAUAAUGCAAAAGAAUUUGACACAGCAUUAUCUAAUGAAAUUCUUGAAAACUUUUCAGUAAGCCAGAGUGAUAACAUGGAGGAGAACCUUGAUUCUGGAACCAAGGAUGAAGUAGUUGCUGACAAAUUGAACGAGGAAGGACCACUUGUAGAUGCAAAUGCUUCUCCAUCUGAAAAUAACUCCACAUCUAAAUGCUUUCCACUCAGUGAUCCAUUCACCACCAACGCUAAACCCAAGGAGAACCUAGUUGAGGGGCUUUUGCACUCUGGUCACGAGGAGCCUUCAAGCAAACGCCUAUGUCCUAGUUCUGUUUUGGCUGAUGAUGCACUUCCAAAUAACAUAACUUCAGACGAACAGGAGCCUGGUUCAAUUGCAACAGAUAAUGCAGAAGAAUUUGACACAGUAUUAUCUAAUGAAAUUCUUGAUAAUUGCUCACUAAGCCCGAGUGACAAUGUGGAGGAGAACCUUGAUUCUGGAACAGCUGCUGAGUUGAGCACCCUAGCUGACAAUUUGAUUGAGGAAGGACCACUUGUAGAUGCAAAUGCUUCUCCAUCUGAAAAUAAAUCCACAUCGAAAUGCCAUCCACUCAGCGGUCCAUUCAACUCCAACGUUGGACCCGAGGAGAACCUGGUUGAGGAGCUUUUGCAGUCUGGCCAUGAGGAGCCUGCAAGCAAAGGCACACGUCCUAGUUUUGUUUUGGCUGAUGCUGCUGUUCCAAAUGACAUAACUUCUGACAAACAGCAACCUGGAGCAAUAGCAGCUGAUAAUGCUGAAGAAUUUGACACAGUGUUAUCUAAUGAAGUUCUUGAUAAUUGUCCACUAAGCCUGAGUGAUAAUAUGGAGGAGAACCUUGAUCCAGGAAUCAAGGAUGAAGCAGCUGCUGAGUUGAGCACCCAAGCUGAUGAAUUAAUUGAGGAAGGACCACUUGUAGAUGCAAAUGCUUCUCCAUCCAAAAAUAAUUCCACGCCUAAUUCAUUCAGUAAUUCAUUCAACUCCACCGCUAGACUCAAGGAGAAUCAAAUUAAGGAACUGCAGUUUGACCACAAGCCGCCUGCAAGCAAAGAUGUAUGUCCGAGUUCAGUUUUUGCUGAAGAUGCUGUUCCAAAUGAAAUAACUUCGGAUAAACAUGAGCAUGGCUCAGAAGCAGUAGUUAAUGCAGAAGGAUUAUCUGAUGAAAUUCUUGAUAAUUGUUCACUAAGCCAGAGGGAUAAUAUGGAAGAGAACCUUGAUUCUGGCUUUAAAGAACAAUUGGAGACUGGAUGUGCUGUUAAUGAAGGAAUAACUUAUGGUGACCAGGAGCCUGCAAUGAAAGACCUAUGUCCUUUUUCUGCUUUGGCUGAUGAUGCACUUCCAAAUGACGUAACUCCUGACAAACUGGAGCAUGGUGCAAUUGUUGCAGAUAAUACAGAAGAAUUUGACACAGGAUCAGGGAAUGAAGUUCCUGAUAACUUUUCAGAAAACCAAACUGAUAAUGUGGAAGCGAAGCUUGAUUCUGGCUCUAAAGAACAAUCAGAGACUCAAUGUGUUGUUACUGAAGGAGUAACUUAUGGUGAACACGAGCAAACUUUAAUGGACCAUACAAAAGAGUUUGAUAUGGGGUUGUCUAGUCGUGUCUCGUUGGCCGUUGGUGCUCUCCAUGAGCUGGAAGUUAAGAAUUCAGAAUCUGGUCCUACGGAACAAGCAGAAGCCGAAUCUGGUCCUGUGGAACAAGCGGAGGCUGAAUCUGAUCCUAUGGAACAAGCAGAAGCCGAUUCUGAUCCUAUGGAACAAUCAGAAGUUGAUUCUGAUCCUGUGGAGGCUAAAUAUGAUCUAGAUGCACCUACCUUCACAAGUCAAGGUGAAAUACAUUCAGAAGAAUAUGCAAACUUGGAGGUAGCUGCUUUCGCGAAUGCUUUUUCAAGUCCCAUAAAAGCAGUUCCAGAUGUUCAAGUUGCAGAACCUGGGAUUCUCAGUGAUGGCAUCGCAUUACAUUUAACUCCUUCCGAGGACACUGAUGAAGAGAAGCAAGGUGAAGAACUUAAAAUUUUGUUUGCUACACCUUGUUAUGUUUCACGUUCUACAGAAGAAAAGAAAGCUUCUUUGGAUGGUGAUUCAAGGGAUGAGCGUCUCAACAAAGAUGGGCAAGUUUCUCCUGUUAGUUGUGAUGAUACAUCAAGUCUCCAAAGUUCUGUCCGUGAUUGUGGUGAACAUGGCCAAGGAGAGUAUUUGAAAAGUUUGUUUGCCACACCAUUUGGCAGUAGAAGCAGCAAUGUAGAACUACCAACGUGUAGAGGGAUUAAUGAGACAAGCAGUCACUACAAACACAGUUUCCAUGAAGAUGAGAACUCUGGGGAAGAGAUAAAAGGUUUGUUUGCUACGCCCUCUGCUUUUUCACAAUCUGUUGGAGGCCAACGCAACCUUUUUAAAAGUCAGUUGAGUGGAAAAGCAAUGACCACGAGAGAAGGAUUUGGCUCCAGUAGAAAAGAAAGCAUAAGUGAAUCUGUCAGUGGUUUGAUUCAGGACAAGCAAGGGAUGUCUAUUGUAACAGCGGAACACGCAAGGACACCAAUCCCUGUGAAAUGCACUAACCAAGAAAUCAUUUCUACCGAAGGAAAGUAUAGCAAGAAUCACGAAAUGGAAACUUAUAUUUGCAGUGGAGUGGAAAGGAAACUUGGUGAAUCUGAAGCUGGAUCUAUUGGAGUCGACCAAGCUCCUGAGACUUCGCAUCUCACUACUUUCAACUAUGGUGAUGAAAAACAAGGUGAAGAACUAAAAAUUUUGUUUGCUACUCCUUGUUAUGUUUCACGCUCUAAAGAAGAAAAGAAAGCUUCUUUGGAUGGUGAUUCAAGGGAUGAGCGUCUCGACAAAGAGGGGCAAGUUUCUCCUGUUAGUUGUGAUGAUACAUCAAGUCUCCAAAGUUCCGUCCGUGAUUGUGGUGAACAUGGCCAAGGAGAGUAUUUGAAAAGUUUGUUUGCCACGCCAUGUGGCAGUAGAAGCAGCAAUGUAGAACUAGCAACGAGUACAGGGAUUAAUGGGACAAGCCGUCAAUACAAGCACAGUUUCCAUGAAGAUGAGAACACCGGGGAAGAGCUAAAAAGUUUGUUUGCUACGCCCUAUGCUGUUUCACAAUCUGUUGGAGGCCAACACUACCUUUUUAAAAGUCAGUUGAGUGGAGAAGCAAUGACCACGAGAGAUAGAUUUGACUCCAGUGGAAAAGAAAGCUUAAGUGAAUCUGUCAGUGGUUUGAUUCAGGACAAGCGAGCGGAACCUUUAAGGACACCAAUCUCUCUGAAAUGCACUAACCAAGAGAUAAAUUCUACCGAAGGAAAGUAUAGCAAGAAUCAUGAAAUGGAAACUUCAAUAUGCAGUGGAGUGAAAAGAAAUCUUGGUGAAUCUGAAGCUGGGUCUGUUGGAGUCAACCGAGGUGCUCCUGAGACUUCACAUAUUACUCCUGUCAACUAUGGUGAUGAAAAACAAGAAGAUCUAUCAAAAAUGAUGUUUGAUUCACCCAUCAUUACCCAGUCUCUGGACCAAAUGGAUGGAACAUCAAGAAAGACAGCUGACAGUAAAAAACUUUUGUCUGGCAGUGUUCAAGGGCUCUCUCAGAACAAAGGUUUUCCAGUUUCACAUCAGAGUUCUAUGGAUCUGGAAGAGUCUGAGAGAAUAGAUUUGAAAUAUUCUGAAACUGCUGAGUGCAUGAAAGAAUCCAGAGCUCUUGAAAAGGAGAACAAUGAAGGACAGGGUAAUAUGCAGUCUGCACCAUCAGCUAAAAGCAUGGCUCCAGUGUGGAGUGAUGAGUUUUCUUCUCAAGAACGUACGAUCAAAGAAAAUGCUGAACGCAUGAAAGAAACAUGUGCUCUUGAAGAAGAGUACUAUGAAGAUCAGGGUAGUAUGCUCUCUGCUACAUCAGCUAAAAGCAUGACUCCGUUGUGGAGUGGUGAGUUUUCUUCUCAAGAACCUAUGAUCAAAGAAACUACUGAGUGCAUGAUGGAAUCCAGAGCUCUUGAAGAAGAUAAUGGUGAAGGUCAAUGUAAUAUGCUGUCUGGAACGUCAGCUAAAAAUAUGACUCCAUUGUGGAAAGAUGAGUUUCCUUCUCAAGAAUCUAAGACAGCAGAUGUUAUGAUAUCACGACAAAUGGUUAGAGACACAGAGAUGAAUACAAGACAUGAAAGCUGUGUUCAGGAAAUUGUUGACAUAGAGGAACACAAAAUUGAGGAAACAGUAACUGACAGGGAUUUGUUGCUAAGAGAUUCCUCUAGAGGUCACGAAGUAAAUAUUUAUGCUGGAAUUGCAAAGGAAAACACUUCUCCUGUUAUUUCAGUGCCUACGUGCGAUGAUUUUGGAUUUUCUGAACAGCGAAUGGUACCGGAGAUCAAUAAGAGCAGUCUCAAGAUUGAUAAAACAUCUGCUGCUUUUAAUGAAGUCACUGAAGAUCACUUGAAACUGAUGUUUGCUACCCCAAUCAAAGGAACAAGCCCUUCCACGUUGGGUGAAGCUUCUAGUUGUCAAUUGAAGACAGUAAUGAUUGCAAUGGCUUCUGAAAUGGAUGGUAAGCAGGGGUUUGCAUUUUCCAGAGAGCCACUUACUGUGGAGAUAAUUAGUGGAGUUCCUGGUAGAACAAAAAGGUCUUGUUUCUCCAAGGAAACUGAACAAGUUGAGGGAGGACCUUUGUUUCCUACACCAUCAAAAGGUGUAAGUCCAGUUCAGUUGGAGGAAAGUCUUGUUUGUGAGGAAGAUAUCUUCAAGGAUUUCUAUGGUGUAAAGUUCCUCAACUCUCAGGAACAAGAUUUUGCACAGCACGAAGAUCAACAACUUCUCAAUGAAAUGACUGAUGAUACUGGUGAAGCUACACUCCAUUGGUUUCAAACAAACGAUGAUAGUGUUCCCAGACAGAAAGAACUGGAGAGUCAGAAAGAAAAUGAUUCUAUCCAUCCGUUCGAGCCCUUGCAUGAGAAAAGGAAAGUCGCAGAAGUUGAUGCUCUGGCUGAGAGCAAAGAAGAUGAUCAUCUAGUAGCGUACCAGGAAUCUCUAGAAGACAGAUUAAAUAACACCGACACCGACAAAGCAGCAAAAGGUGGUGCUGUUAGUGAUGCAGUUUUUCAACAAUCUAACGUUCUUUCAACUGACACCGAAAUAACUCAGGAGAGCAUAAGGAAGACCGAUGACAUUUCCGUUAGUGCUGAAAGUGGAAUUCUUGAAAUUGAUGCUGAAUCCACUCCAUUAAGAAGUCAGGAAACGAUUACCAUCACAGUAGACGAGAUUAAGGGAGAUGAAGUACAAAAAUUAGAAGUGACAAAUACCAGUAAUUCUAUUCCCAAUGACGAUGAAUAUGCAGAAGAAAUUUCAACAGUUUUGCCUGCUGAUGAGCAGUUCCAUCUUCUUCCAGAACAUGGUGUGAUAGAAGAUGUUCCAAGCACCGAGGAGUUUACUGCUUCCACAAAUGAAUGUCAACAUGUUUCUAAUGAUGGUGAUCUUGCGGCUGAGAGCAACAGGCUUGUUAUUUUUGAAUCAAAUGAGAGCACAUCUAUGAAUGUUCACGAUUCAGGUCUCACCACACAAAUGGACCAUUCAGCAUUAUCUGAAGAUCCUUGGAGUGAAAGUGAUCUGGGGAAGUCCCGUGCAGCUAAGCAACAGGCUGAGGAUUCUUUUGAUAAAAAGGAGUAUGAAUCAACAGAAGCAGUGCUAUCACCCUCUUCUAAAUCUCGUGAAAACAUUAGCUUUGACAAGGAAGGCUUUGCUGGUGACGAGGAUACAUUGAUUCCUGAGAAAAAAAUUGACUUUGCUGAAAAGAAAGUACCUUUAACUCCAGCUGGUGUAGGUAAAACUUCUUUUGCCAAGAACAUGAACUCCACUGUGAAAAAGAAGAAUGCCAGAAGCAUUAUGAUACAUGGAACCCCCAACAAACUAACUCAGAUAGCUGACAUGAAAGAAAAUGCUCCAAAUGUUAAGGGAGAUAUUGGCACUUUAACAGCGUUGAGACCAGAGAAGCGACUUCCUUUGAAAAAUCUCCCAUGGAAAUAGAAGCAACAUUUCUGUAGGCUGUAGUUCUUUUGAAUUUUUCUAUUUUGCUUGUUCCUGGUUUGAUUGCUGCAUACCUCAUGGCCUAUUUUUCUACUACAUGAGGACAACCAGAUUGUGUAAUUAUGUCAUGUUUAUGUUAUUCCAUGGAUUUGAACUAUUCUUCUGAUAUUUUCGGUGGAAAGUUUGUUUAACAA